AUCAAUUUAUCAGUCUGUCAGAAAUUAAAAAACAAAUUAAUGUGCGAUUGAAUUAAUAUUGAUUGUAUGAAAUAAACGUGAUUCUUUUACUAUUUCUAAUGUUUAAUACCAUUUCAAUCUCUUCAUAACGCUAUUUAAUAACAAAAUUGAGACCAGUUUAAAUGUUUUAACAUACGUAUCAAAAAAAAAUCACGUAAAAUAUAUCGUGAUUUGUAAACCGAAACCUAAAUAUUUAAGUGAUAUAAAUACAAAAUAAAACUCAAUGUUUGAGUUUAAAUAUCUGUGAAGAAAAGCGAACGAUAUUUUAUUGUAAUAUCAAUACUAAUUUUCGUCUAAAGUAUCGUAAUAAUAAAUUUUCGUGCCGCACAAUAUAACCUCAAAAAAUCCUCAUGGCGAAAAUAAGUGAGGUGAGCCUCGAAAAACCAGUUUUGCCUAAAAAGCGAAAAAACCGAGCUAAGAAAAAUAAAGCUAAGAAAGCCAAGACAGAGUCACAAAAUGAGAACUCUACCAACAACACAAGUGUUAAAAAUGAAAAUACAACUAAUGCUGAGGCUAUAAAUAAGGCCGCAGAUGAGAAUGAAAUACCAGAGGAGAUCGCUGAAAAAUAUCCAAUAUUGAAAAAUCAGGAGUUGGUCAACAAAUUCCUAGGAGUUACAAUGACUAACAAUCAGAAAGGCAGAGUUCGUCAACAACUAAGAGACAAUCUGAAAGGUACAUCGGAGGAAAUAUUACCAGAAGUGAUUCAUGCGAAAAUACAAGGAAUAGUCAAAGAUAUAAUCGAACUAACAGAUGCAGAGCUAAGAAAAAUUAGAAUACUCUACAAUAUGCUGAGAACUUCCAUUCAAUCUGGAGAUAAAAUACAGAAAAAGAAGAAAAACAAGAAGAACAAAAAGGCAAAAGACAAAGCAAAGGCAGAAGGAGAGAAAAAAGUCGAAAUAGAUAACAUGGAUAAUGUAAAACCCGUAGAUAAACCUAUUGAUGAUAAAAAUAAAGAUAUAGGUGUUAAAAAUAAAGAUGUAAAGGUGGAUGCUAACAAAGAAAAAGAUAGCCAAAAGAAGGCAAAGGGACCUAAAAGAUAUGUCGUGUUUGUAGGAAACCUUCCGCUAGAUAUUGAUAGAGAGAAGUUAACGCAUCACUUCUACGAGAUAAGAGAACAUAUCGUCGAUGUGAGGAUACAGAAGCCGGCUGACGGGAAGAAAAGUUGUAUUGCUUAUGUGGAGCUCAAGAAUGAACCUAGUUAUGAGCUGGCUCUAUCCAAGCACCACUCGAUGUUAGACAACCGCAGGAUCAAGGUUCUCUACAGCACGCAGCAGAAUAGCAAGAUAUCAAAAACUGAAGCUAAGAGCAAGUCUGCCAAGUUAAUCGCGUUACAAAAGUCCGGUAAAUUAAUGGGCAGUGUGCCUUUGAACAGGAAGAGAAGUCAACGCAGGAUGAAGGCUAAGAAAGCCAGGGCGAAACUUGAGGCUGAAUCUUAGAACAUUUAUUUUUACUAUUGUAAAUUAUUUUUAUUUAAGAUUAAAAAGUUUUCUUUUUUUUUCUUUAA